AUGAACAAGUUCUCCAGCCUGGCUAUAGAUGAAAUGGGUAACUUGAGUAUGGAGAGUUUCCUCAGGGAGUUUCCCCAGGACAGUUACAACUGUUCCUCCCACCAGGGCACAGGAUCGAUCUCCGAAAACUUCUGUUACUCCUCCCCUCUCCCGGAACACUGCUAUCUGGCCACACCCACCAGCGGGACCUCUGACCGCCACCCACUAUCCAAGAGCCCCUGGGGCUGCCUAGACCCAUACACCUCUGAGGACCAGGACAGGGAGUAUGUAGGCUUUGCUACUCUGCCCAACCAGGUACACAGGAAGUCAGUGAAGAAGGGAUUUGAGUUCACUCUGAUGGUGGUAGGAGAGUCUGGUCUGGGUAAAUCUACACUAGUCAACAGUCUGUUCCUUACAGACCUCUACAAGGACAGGAAGGUGCUGAAUGCAGAGGAGAGGCUGGCUCAGACUGUGGGCAUCACUAAGAACACAGUGUGCAUCGAGGAGAAGGGAGUGAAGCUCAAACUCAAUGUAGUGGACACACAAGGCUAUGGAGAUGCCAUCAAUAAUACAGACAGCUAUAAGUGUGUGUCCGACUACAUUGACCAUCAGUUUGAGCAGUACCGCAGGGAUGAAUUCGGCCUGAACAGAAAGAACAUCCAGGAUAACAGAGUCCACUGCUGCCUCUACUUCAUCUCUCCCUUCGGACAUGGUCUGCGGCCAUUGGAUGUAGAGUUUAUGAGGGCUCUGCAGGACAAGGUCAACAUCAUCCCUGUUGUGGCCAAAUCUGAUAGUCUCACUUAUGAUGAGGUAAAGAAGAAGAAGAUCAGGAUCCUAAGUGAGAUAGAUAAGUACAGGUUAAAGAUCUACCAGUUACCAGACUGUGACUCUGAUGAGGACGAGGAGUUCAGGAGGCAGGACAUGGAGCUCAAGAGGAGCGUUCCGUUUGCAGUGAUUGGCAGUAACAUGGUGGUGGAUGUUAAUGGUCGGCGGAUCCGCGCCCGUCUCUACCCCUGGGGAGUGGUGGAAGUGGAGAACCCAUAUCACAGUGACUUUGUCCACCUGAGGAACAUGUUGGUGAGGACUCAUAUGCAGGACCUGAAGGACAUGACCCAUGACACACACUACGAGAGUUACAGAGCACAGUAGCUGUGCAAGAGCCAACGCACUGAUGUGGAUUAUGACUUCUGACACACUACAAUCUAAUCCGGGAGGCCUUUGGUGUAAAACAAAAGAAACAAAACACUGCUUUCACUAUUACUGGAAUAAAGUCACAAGCUAAAUGUAGAAUUGGUUUCCCUUUUUGAUACUGUGUGUACAGUAUGCUGUGUCAGUUUAGUUUGUUUUCAAUCUUUCUCAUUCUAUUGUGCUAGAUGACAAGACAAAAUGCUUUUGACUUCAGUGAGGAAUGCAUACACUACUGGUCAAAAGUUUUAGAACACCUACUCAUUCAAGGGUUUUUCUUUAUUUUGACAUUUUUAUUUUUACAUUCUACAUUGUAGAAUAAUAGUGAAGACAUCAAAACUAUGAAAUAACACAUGUAAUCAUGUCAUAACCAAAUCAAAAAAAUAUUUUAGAAUUAAGAUUAUUCAAAGUAGCAACCCUUUGCCUUGAUGACAGCUUUGUACACUCUUACAUUUACGUCAUUUAGCAGACGCUCUUAUCCAGAGCGACUUACAGUAGAGUGCAUACAUUUUAUUACAUUUUACAUACUGAGACAAGGAUAUCCCUACCGGCCAAACCCUCCCUAACCCGGACGACGCUAUGCCAAUUGUGUGUCGACCCACGGACCUCCCGGCUGCGACAGAGCCUGGGCGCGAACCCAGCCCAGCCUGGGCGCAAACCCAGAGACUCUGGUGGCGCAGCUAGCACUGCGAUGCAGUACCCUAGACCACUGCGCCACCCGGGAGGCCAGUGGCACUCUUGGCAUUCUCUCAACCAGCUUCAUAAGGUAGUCACCUGGAAUGCAUUUCAAAUAACAGGUGUGCCUUGUUAAAUGUUCAUUUGGGGUAUUUCUUUUCUUAAUGCGUUUGAGCCAGUCAGUUGUGUUGUGACAAGGUAGGGUGGUAUACAGAAGAUAGCCCUAUUUGGCAAAAGACCAAGUCCAUAUUAUGGCAAAACAGCUCGAAUAAGCAAAGAGAAACGACAGUCCAUUACUUUAAGACAUGAAAGAUCAAGUUAAUACGAAAUAAGCUGAUUGCAUGUUAUUAUGAGAGAGAGCCUUUAUUAUGCUGAAAUGUUAGCAUAGGGUACUUGGCCGGCUUGACUUCAUCUCAUGCACAGCAUGACAUUAUGGCCAGUUUUAUUUUUCUCCACAAUUUGAGGCAUUGGGAGAUAUUCGUGUCAUUGUGCAAUAUACUGUAGAUGGUGUUGUCAGUAUUUUACCUACAUUGCAAAGAAAUUUGAGUUCUCUAAGGCAGACAGAAAAAACUAUCGGACCUCCUUGACAUAACGUUAUUCCGUCUUGAUCAACUGGGCAGACAUGGGACAUUUCAUGGAUACAAACUAAUGCAUCUUAAAUGCAUCCGAACAGGUUAUGUGGUGACCCAAAACAAAGUCAGACAUUUACUUCUAAACCCCUAUGGACUGCAUUUGGGCAGAAGUCUCUUGGAAGGAGACUAGCUCCUACCUUUGCAACUAAGAGGACAUAGAGGAAGAGUUUAGGUAACUGUCCCUUUUGUCUUGUAAUUUCAUAUUUGGAAGUUGCGUUGAAACAAUUAACUAGCAUAUAUUCUCUAGCACAACCAACUAGUUAACAAACUAUAUCUGAAUGAUGCACUGAAAUGAGAUACUCUCGAGAUGAUCACUAUGGUAGCUAGCUAUGGCUAUUCUCAAGAACAAGCAAGCCCCUAUCUGGAAAGCAUGUCCGACUGACUGAUCGAGCAUAUUCAAUUAACCUUUAGUCAUAAUUUUUUGAUGUUCCCAGAUUUACUUUAGUUGCAGUAUAAUGUUAAGAUUGGGGGGAGACCAACGCGGAUUUUAACUAGCGACCGUUAGCAUUGCUAGCUAUGUUUUUGACAAACUUUGUUAGCUAAUGACAGCUUGCCAUCCUUUCAACAUGAUAAUGAUGGCAAAGUUGUUUCCUACUAAAGAUCUGCCUACUUUAGCAAUGUCAUAUUUCCAGACCAUUUAGACAAAAGUCGUUGGCCUCUAUCUAUCACAACUUUUUGGCACCACCAUGGAGCUGCUGGCAGAGGGCGGUUUAAGAACGUUCAUAACAAUGGUGGAGUUUGUUAUGCAUGGCCCGGUGCCCCAGGUCAGCAGAGUUUGCUUAUUUUAGACCAUUCCAUGAGUCCUUAAGUGAAAUGUCCCCUUAACCGGGACACCGGGCCAUGCAAAAACGAACUCCACCAAUGUAAUGACGUGACAGCGGUGCAACCUAUGAAUAAAUCAAAUCGAAUUUUAUUGGUCACAUGCCUAAUACCUAAUACACACAAAUCUAAGUAAAGGGAUGGAAUAAGAAUAUGUACAUAGAAAUAUAUGGAUGAGCGAUGACUGAGCAGCGUAGGCAAGAUGGUAUAGAAUACAGUAUAUACAUAUGAGAUGAGUAAUGCAAGAUAUGUAAACAUUAUUAAAGUGACUAGUGAUUCAUUUAUUGAAGUGGCCAAUGAUUUUGAGUCUAUGUAGGCAGCAACCUUUGUGUCAGUGAUGGCUGUUUACCAGUCUGAUGGCCUUGAGAUAGAAGCUGUUUUUCAGUCUCUCAGGCCCAGCUUUGAUGCACCUGUACUGACCUCGCCUUCUGGAUGGUAGCAGGAUGAACAGGCAGUGGCUAGGGUGGUUGUUGUCCUUGAUGAUUUUUUGGCCUUCCAGUGACAGCAGGUGGUGUAGGUGUCCUGGAGAGCAGGUAGUUUGUCCCCGGUGAUGCGUUGUGCAGACCGCACCACCCUCUGGAGAGCCUUGCGGUUGUGGGCGGUGCAGUUUCCGUACCAGGCGGUGAUACAGCCCGACAGGAUGUUCUCAAUUCUGCAUCUGUAAAAGUUUGAGGGUUUUGGGUGACAAGACAAAUUUCUUCAGCCUCCUAGCUGAGCAUGCAAACGUGUGGGGCCCCAGUGUUGAGGAUCAGCAAAGUGGAGAUGUUGUUUCCUACCUUCACCACCUGGGGGUGGCCCGUCAAAGUCCAGGACCCAGUUGAACAGGGCGGGGUUGAGAGGGCCUCAAGCUUAAUGAUGAGCUUGGAGGGUACUAUGGUGUUGAAUGCUGAGCUAUAGUCAAUGAACAGCAUUCUUACGUUGGUAUUCCUCUUGUCCAGAUGGGAUAGGUCAGUGUAAUGGCGAUUGCAUUGUCUGUGGACCUAUUGGGGCAGUAUGCAAAUUGAAGUGGGUCUAGGGUGGCAGGUAAAGUGGAGGUGAUAUGAUCCUUGACUAGUCUCUCAAAGCACUUCAUGAUGACAAGUGAGUGCUAUGGGGCGAUAGUCAUUUAGUUCAGUUAUCUUUGCCUUUUUGGGUACAGGAACAAUGGUGGCCAUCUUGAAGCAUGUAUGGACAGCAGACUGAGAUAGGGAGCGAUUUAAUAUGUCCGUAAACACACCAGCCAGCUGGUCUGAGCAUUCUCUGAGAACGCGGCUAGGGAUGCCGUCUGGGCCGGCAGUCUUGCGAGGGAUAACACGUUAAAAUGUUAAAAUGUCUUACUCACAUCUGCCACGGAGAAGGAGAGGGGUGCCCCGCAGUCCUUGGUAGUGGGCCGCGUUGGUGGCACUGUAUUAUCCUCAGAGGGCAAAGAAGGUGUUUAGUUUGACUGGAAGCAAGACGUCGGUGUUCGUGACGUGGUUGGUUUUCUUUUUGUAGUCCGUAAUUGCCUGUAGACCCUGCCACAUACGUCUCGUCUCUGAGCCGUUGAAUUGCGACUCCACUGUGUCCCUAUACCGACAUUUAGCUUGUUUGAUUGCCUUGCGGAGGGAAUAACUACACUGUUUAUAUUAGGCUAUAUUCCCAGUCAUCUUUCUGUAGUUAAAUGCAGUGUUUUGCUCUUUCUGUUUUGCGCGAAUGCUGCCAUCUAUCCACAGUUUCUGGUUAGGGUAGGUUUUAAUAGUUUUAAUAAUACAACAUCUCCAAUGCACUUCCUUAUAAACUCACUCACCAAAUCAGCGUAUAAAUCAAUGUUAUUCUCUGAGGCUGCCAGGAACAUUUCCCAGUCCGCGUGAUCAAAACAAUCAUGAAGCAUGGAUUCCGAUUGGUCAGACCUGCGUUGGAUAGUUCUAGUCACGGGUACUUCCUGUUUGAGUUUCUGCCUAUAUAGAACGGUAGGAGCAAAAUGGAGUUGUGGUCGGAUUUGCCGAAGGGAGUGCGGGGGAGGGCCUUGUAUGCAUCGCGUAAGUUAGAGUAUCAGUGAUCCAGUGUAUUGCCCGCACGAGUGCUACAAUCAAUAUGCUGAUAGAAUUUAGGUGUCCUUGUUCUCAAAUUUACUUUGUUAAAAUCCCCAGCUACAAUAAAUGCAGCCUCGGGAUAUAUGGUUUCCAGUUUGCGUAGAGUCCAGUGAAGUUCCUUGAGGGCCGCUGUGGUAUCGGCUUGAGGAGGGAUAUACACGGCUGUGAUAAUGACUGACGAGAAUUAUCUUGGGGGAUUAUGUGGUCAGCAUUUGAUAUGUAAGGAAUUCUAGGUCAGGUGAACACAAGGACUUGGGUUCCUGUAUGUUACGAUUACACCAUGAGUCGUUAAUCAUGACGCAUACACCCCCGCUCUCCUCCUUCCCAGAGAGAUGUUUAUUUCUGUCGGCGCGACGCAUAAAGAAUGGCUGUACCGACUAAUUUUGUCUACCUUGUUAUCUAGAUACUGCACAUUGGCGAGUAAUAUACUCGGAAGAGGUGGUUGGUGUUGCAUGCCUUCGAAGUCUGACCAGGAGGCCGCUACGUCUACCUCUUCUGCGGCGACGUUGUUUUAGGUUGGCCUCUGGAAUCAGAUCCAAAGUCCUGAUUGUUGGUGGUGCGAACAAAGGAUCCGCUUCGGGAAAGUCGUAUUCCUGGUCGUGAUGUUGAUAAGUUGACGGCACUCUGAUAUCCAAUAGUUCUUCCUGACUGUAUGUAAUAACACUUAAUUUUCUGGGCUAACAAUGUAAGAAAUAAUACAUUAAAAAAAUGAAAUACUGCAUAGUUUCCUAAGGAAUAGAAGCGAGGCGACCAUCUCUGUCAGUGCCAUCAAUCCAGACUAAUAAUUUGAAAAAGAUAAGAUCAUAAUGAAUACUAGUAUUAUAUGGACAGAGUAGACCUGAUCCUAGAUCAGCACUCCUACUCUAAUGGCGAAUUCUGUCUCCCUCAUCCUUUCUGUAACUUCAGAUUGACCCUCUGGUCUAUGAUUAGUAGAUGUGAGUGGACAUACAGAUCUGGGACUUACCUAGCAACAGUAGCUCUUAACUAUUGGCAAGGAUUUAUUAGAUAUCCAAUCACCAUGAGAGAUGCUUUAUCCUUUUCAACACUUCUUUUGCAGGAGAGGUGAGCCCCUUGGUGCAUUCUGCUGAACAUCGCUGAGGCCAGGAAGAACUCCGAAGUAGGAGCCAUGUUCAUCUCCAUGCAACGCUCUACUGACCGAGGUGCCACGUGGUCUCCCAUCUACUUCAUGGUGGCCUCAGCUGGCUUUGGCUUCCAGGAGAUUAUGAGAAGGGAGUGGGACACCUGACCAAUGCCAUUGAAGUGUGUAGUUAACUUCAGCAGCUCCUCUAGGUGCUCCAGCAGACCACCUGUCUUUUUAGAUCUGCCCACUAUCAGCCAGAAACCACAAACGUUCCUUCCUACCACAAGCAUCCUGCAGUACUCAACUCCAACUACUGAGCCUCCACUCCAACCAACUGUGUUUCAUUACCUGAAAAUGUUGAAAUACCCUCCUGUUGUGAUUCAGAGCAUAUUACUUAACUCCUCUCCUUGCAUGUCAUGCCCUCUGCCUUUUUAUAACCUGUAGUCCACCGGUGUUUGUGGUUGAUCACCUCUUAGGGGAGCAGGAUCUCACAGGCCAUCCCGUUGCACCGCAGCUCAGAUUAAUAGAACUCCCUCAUUGUGAAAGGGCAGUGUUUCCCUACUCCGUUCCUCAACAGUACACAUUUUGUUGUAGCCCUGGAAAAAACACACCUUAUUCAACUCAAGGGCUUGAUGAUUAGUUGACAAGUUGAGUCAGGUGUGCUUGUCUGGGGCUACAAUAAAAAUGUGUACUGUUGGGGGUACUUGAGGACUGGAGUUGUGAAACACUGCGCUAGGGCAAUAAUGCGGAUACGGCAGUGACGUAGGAAUGCCGGAUGUCCCAACUCCGCCCGAUCCUCAAUGCCAAACUGACGUUUUUUUAACGUGCAGACGUAUAAGCCGGUACAUUGUGGGAGGCAACCCGUCUGAGACUACCAGCCGGCUAUGUAUUAUUGAUUGAUGACUGUUGGAACUGGCUAACAAACAGGAAGUGCCAGUUGUUUUAAUCUUGUAACUUAAAAAUACACUUUUUAUAAAGUGUUGCCUGGUCCAUUGUAAUGCUCAGAACUCAUGAGCCAAUUCAAUGGGUGGCUUGACACGAACCAGUCUUCCUAUGGUUCCCCCUCAGUAAAAAGGAACUGCUGUAGUCUGGUAGUUGGGCCAUGUUAGGUAACUCUAUAGGCGGUAGGUGUUACAUAGUCAUAUGGCCAAUGUAUUCUGUAAAUAUAAUUACAAUACAGACAUGUACAUGCUCUUUAGUGAAGUUCUGUCCACUUUGUUGGAAACCUACAUUGAACAAAAAUAUAAAAGGAACAUGUAAAGUGUU